GCCUCGUUCUGAUUUUGGCGGAUUUUCUAAAAAAAUAAAAUAUUCGAAAUAUGGCCAAUUCUCAGGCUAGCAGCUCUCGCUCUGGUUACUACGAGGAAAAUUACUUCAGUAUCGAUGACAUUUUAGCGACUCAUGAAAGAAUCAAGUGUAAAUUCGAAGUUCCAGUUUUCAGAUUAGGUUUUCUAGAUAUGACAACUGACAAUGAACAUAUCUCUCCAGGAUCAAAACUCGAUCUGCCAUUUUGGUUGGCACGUGUACUGUGCAAUAAACGGAACAAGAAGAAACACAUAGCUGAUGUUGAGAUACCCAAACAAUAUAAAGAAAGCUACAGAGAGAUUCUAUUGGCUGAUGCAAAUGUUGUUGACCUUCAUAAAUUAGGACCAUAUUAUUACACUUUUGGUGCCCAGCUUCUCAAGUUUGACCCAGCAGAUGCUUCUGAUAUUGCAUCCUCCCUGGUACAGACAUUCCAGGGAAGAUUUCGUAACAUCAUGGAUUCCUCCCAAAAUGCAUACAAUGAAGACAAUGCUAGGCUGACAGCUAAACUGGAUGAAAUGGAAAAAGAUUUAUUUAAAGCAGGCCAAAAAGGCUUGAAUGACUUUCAAGAUUGGGAAACUCGGAGAGUCGAAAAACUUCAGACAUCUACGAUGGUAGUCAAUCAUAAAAAACGAAAAAGAGCUGCCUUAAUAGAAUAA